GAAAUGCGCUUGGAUUGAUGCAAGCAGACGAUGUUCUCUGUCUGAAAACACACGUGUUUGAAAUUUGGAACAGUUUGUUCUUCGUUGAUUCUUCUCUGUGUUUGAAGUUAAUUUGAGACGUAAAUACUUUAAUCAUGGCGGAAUUUGUGGAUUUAAGACUUGAGGAAAUGCUCCCAGAGCUGGAGCAGAUGCAGAGAGUGGAAUUAUUCAACGAUCAAGAAAUUAAAGCGAUAGUGAAAAAGCGUCGAGAUUUUGAAUAUAAGCUCCAGAAACAUACUAAAAUGAAGGAAGAUUUUCUCAAAUACAUACAGUAUGAAAUCAAUUUACUGACACUAGUCAGAAUAAGACGAAAUAAAAUUGGUUACCAGUUCAAGAAACCAGAGAUUGAUUAUGCCAUUGCCAACAGGAUAAACAAAAUGUUUAUGUACGCUACUGCUCGUUUCCCAACUGAUUUGAAAAUUUGGUUAUCUCACAUUGAGUUUUGCAAGCGGAUGAAAUGGAAUAGCAGCAUAACCAGAAUAUUUGUCAGGCUGCUUGCCAUGAAAAGCAAUGACCCCUCACUGUGGAUUAUGGCUGCCAAAUGGGAGUUUGAAGAUAAUGGCUCUGCUGCAAACGGCCGAGGUUUGCUUUUGAGAGCGUUGAGAUUUCAUCCUGAAAGCAUUCAGUUGUACACGGAGGCUUUUCGUCUGGAACUCCUUGAAGCAGACCGACUACGGAAAAGGAGAGAAGUUCUAGGUCUCAGCUGUGAAGCUGAUUUGCCAGAGGGUGAAGAAGAGACGAAUAGCAUUCUUGAGGGACAACUUGCUAUCUUGUUUUACAACGACGCCAAGAAUGCUGUAAAAUCGGCUUCUGACCUUCUGCCUUUCCUUGCCGUGGUCAAAGAUUUUGAUUUCACUUUUCAACUUCGGCAAACGAUCCUCUCCGAUAUGAAAGUCGAACACAGCGAAGACGAAAUCACUUGGGAUACUGUAGCCAGAAACGCGCUCGAAAAGGUGUCCACUGAUAAGGAUGUGAAGCUGAAAGAUAGGAUAGAGUUGUGUUGCUCUACUUACGAAGAAGCUAUCGAGCGCAUUGACACGCCGAAAAUGUGGCAACUGUUUGUCGACACGCUCUUUUUCUUGUUCCAGAAUGAAAUCAUCAGACCCAAAAUCCGUCAAAGAAUUCAUCACCUUUGUCAUCGUGCGCUCAUGAACGAAAAAUUGUCAGACGAACAACUCACUGACUGGAUUGGCAUGAUGGAGAUUGAUUCUUUGUCCGGCUACCAAUUGAAAUCGGUUUUGGCUGAGGCUGUGCGUCAGUUUCCCAAGAAUGCCACGCUGUGGGUGAAAUCAUUGAAGGCGGAGCUCGAACAAAAGGAAGAGGAGCCUCUCUUCCAGAUUGACACUGGAGCAUCCGACGAAUUGCCUCCAGCUGGUGAUGAUGAAAAAUCAGCAGCUGUUUUUGUUGAACUUCCGGCUCUUUUCUGGGAAGCGAUCAAAGCCCUAGGAUCUACAGCCGAUUCGAUUCCCGUUUGGGAGACGGCAAUCGAACAUUACGAAGCCUUGUACAAUGAUAAUACUGAGGCUCUCCAAACAGUCGAAAACCUCUAUCAGAAAGCGCUCUCUGUUGAGCCUCCGGUCGGAAAUCAUUUCAAACCUCUUUAUCUCAGCUGGAUUGCCACUCAGAAAGGCCGAGACGAAGCCCGAAAAUUGUAUCAAUCCCAGGCAGCGCUUCCACCUCUCGUGCUGGACUUUCACUACAAGAUGAUUCAGGUGGAGCUCAACGAGUCUCACCCUGACCUGGAAUUUCUCCGGCAAGUCUACGAGAAAGCCGCCAUGUACUUUGGCCAAAAGAAUACAGAAAUCUGGCUUCGGUUCAUCCGAUUCGAAUUGGAACGCGGCGACCCGACUCGGGUGGGUAACUUGCACCACCGGGCCAAAAUGACGCUCGAUCGAACGCUCUCGGACGAGUUCCUCGUUCAGUACACGCUGCUCCAACUGCAAGCUUGACUCCGCAGUCAACUCUUAACACAAUUGUCGACAAAAAAAUUAACUUUUUCUUCUUUGCCUCCACAAACCCAAAUCUCCUUCCCUCCCUCUACCCCCUUGUGACAAGUGGAGAUAAAAAAAAAUCACGACUAUGGCUGGAUUACAAAAUAUCGUCUCGACA